UGGUUCACAGUGACGACGGGUUUCUUCGAUGACAUUCUCAUUCCACCCGAGUCUCUCCAGCAGCCGGCUAAAUUCGACGAAGCCGAGCAGGUUUGGGUCUGGGAGUACGAGACGGACGAGGGAGCGCACGACCUCUACAUGGACCAGGGAGAGGAGAUCCGCUUCCGGGUGGCGGACGAAGUCUUCGUGGACACGUCGCCGACAGGGCCGGCCACCGCCAAGCCUGACACUCCGGCCCAGCCCGGACAGUCGACCGCACCGCCGGCGGAGGAGAGCGGGGACAAGAAAGAGGCUCCGUACACACUCGUUGUAAGGACUGUUACGUUCCCUUUCCAAUCAUUUUUCCACACAGAUGCCUCUGAUAGAGGGGGAAGUUCACUAAAAUAUCCAAAGUGUCCAACUGGACUUCACCUUUCUUCAGUUCUGAACAUGAGUUGGAAACAUCAAGUCAAAACAGUCACACUGAUUGGACCUYAUAGUCUAAUCAGGUACGUCCAGGAGGGCGUACCUGCUACAUGUGCAGGGACUCAGACUUACCAAUCUGAUUGUUCUGUUGUUAUAAACCUGAUCAUUUCAGAAAGUUAAUUUCAUCUAGUAACAACAAAGUAGU